AUGCUAGUCUGUCCGUACAUGCCUAAUUCGGACUGGUGGGGUGUCAUGGCCAAGAUGUUAGCUAGGGAGCCGAUUGUGAUACCGCCGCAGAAAGGUGUGUUCUUUCGGCACGGUCAUGAGCCCUUGGAGGAUCCCCCAUGGGGUCCUACCCUAUUGUACCGUAUACCGUAUACUAAGAGGGUAAGUUUGUCGGAUGAGUUUUGGGCGGGUGUCCAUGCGUUAGCCAAGCACCCAGUGGCAGGCUGUGCGCUGGCUCCUGCGUUGAAGUUUCAUCCGCAGCGUGCCCCGUUGGUACCCACGGACCGUGAGGAAGGGUCUCUGGUAGAGGAUUCCACAGACUCUGGGGAGCAGGCCCAAGCGUUGCGUGAAGGGUUUAUACGGCGCAGGGAGCAGCGUCGGCAGGCUAGUGCUAAGCUCUUGGCAAAGCAGGGCGACUCGCCAUACACCAUAAAAGGGCUACAGCUGACGUGGCCGGAGGUCCGGAAUGUGAUAGGCGCUGCGCAUAAUGUGUACAUGCAUGCGGGUGCGGAUAAGGUCUGGCCAAGCUUCAGGAGCUGUAUGGCUGGACUGGCUUGGGUGACCUAG